GCCUUUCCCAGGCCCUUCUUGCUGGUAAGACUCCCACCUGACUCUACCCUGUUUUAUUUAGUGCCCAGAGAAGCCCCCCAAAUCCCAACCCAGAUCCCCAGGCACUCUUGCACUAGAAGAGAAACCCUCAUCCCCAUGGCCCUAGCCCCUCAGAGAUGUGGUUCCUGCCAGAGCCCAGGUUUAGGCUGCAGCUAUGGGUGAGGUGUCGUUCCCUCUUAAGCCCUGGUUUCUUCGGGGAGGGAUCCUGAGAGUGACAGUAUCCAGGCCCUCACAGUUCCCCAGUCAGAAUCUGAAGCCCCUGUACCCUGGAGCAGGCUUGGAGCAGAGGAAGAGAUAUUGGGGACACUCUCAAGGGCUGCCUCAUCAUAACAUCACAGCCCUCUGUGACCUCACUCUUCUGAUUAGCACCUCCAUGUCACAAAUGCGACUGAGGCUCAGAAAGACCAAGUGACUUAUUCAUGGUCACAAGGGCACCAAGGAUCAACUUCACGGCCUCAGGUGCUCCAUCCCCCUCCUCUCACAGGUAGAUCCCCAUUGCCACUGAGUCAGCCUGGCCCAUCACAGUCUCCCACCUGCAGUCCACCAUGGAACUCAUCAGAAUAUCCCAUCCACUGGACAGCAGGGAAACCCUACUCCUAGACAGUUGGGAUCACACAUGCAUGCACACAUGUACAAGUGUGUGCACAUACACAACCCGAGAACAAGGAGCCAUGUGAGUGUGCCCAGGCUGAAGGAGCUGGACCUCAUCUUCCAUACCAGAUGGGUUCCUGGAAUGUACUCAGGAUAGGUACAGGCCUUUUGUGAAUCGCCCUGCUUCUCUGAUGAUUUUCAUUCAACUAUCAUAAUUGAACAUUUUAAGCUGAUUCCAUUCAGUGAGUAUGCAUCGAGCACCUCCUAUGUGUUUGGAGGCUUGAUGGGAAAUGCCCACUGGCUGUUUCUCUAUUUUUUUUUUCUUUAUUGAAGUAACAUUGGUUUACGACAUUAUAUAGAUUUUAGGUGUUAUCACCUGAAUUAUAAUUCGACUUCUGUAUAAAGUACAUCAUGUUCACCACCAAAAGCUGUUCCUCUGUUCUGCUGAAUUGUUCACUGUGCAAACAAAUGACUUGAGGUCCCCAGGGCACCACUUUCACAGACCCCAGUAAUGAACCUAGUUUAAAUCGAAGACUCUUUUUGUCAUACCAACAAUUACAUCUAUUUUGUGCUUUGUGAAUUUCAUGUGGUUUUCUUAAGGUGGCAGCUAGCAGUUUUUCAAUUUAGAAGGGUGGCUCAGUGGGAUGGCAUUUGGUUAGCAAGGAGAGGAACCAUGGUUGGGAGUGGUCCCUGGCAGAAGCAGCAACCCCAGCAAGGCAGAAGUCAGUCUUGCUCUGAAGCAAAAGGGCCAAUAGGCUCAUCGAGCACCAGCACGGAAGGCUGCAAUCCCUGGCCAGGAGGGGGUGGGUAUGGUGGGUGCUAGAGGGAUUAUGACAGGGAAAUGGGCAGGACAGGGAGGGAAUGGUACCGUGGGGUGAUCCCAGAAGGGACUCUUGCUGUCAUUCAUCCAUCUAGUCACCCUAGCUGCUGGACCCAAGUAAGCAUGGGUGGAAGUACCAACAGGCUACAUAAGCUGCCAUAAUGUCUCAAAAGAACAAAAUGGAGGAAAUCUUUAUGCAUGAUUCAGUUCCUGUGAAGAUCGUCUCACAACUGUAGCUACCAUAUUUUCAAAUCAAGAAUCAGGUGUUGAGUUAAGCAAGCCACCAUGGAGACAGAGGGACAGACUGAACUCUGGGAUAUCUAGGGAUUGGGCUUCGCUGACUGGGAGCCAAGGGCAGAGAUGGCUAUCUAUAGGGCCAGCCAAGUGGAUAAAAGAGCUGCCACCUCUGCAUUGUGACUCCCCCCAAAGUGCCUAAUUAUGACCCGGCUGCCUCACCAGCUGAUGUGGCAUGGGCUCCAGAAUGUCUUAGACAAGACGAUCUGCUGGAUUAAUCAAAAAAAUGAAAUCUUGCAAGCUUGUGAAAGUUCUCCCAAAGAUUCACCACCCAAGGCCCAAGACGUCCACAUCUACUGCACCCUGGACCCUGUACAAGUGAAGAUGGCCCGGCCCACUUGCUACUCCUCUUCUUCCUAUCACCACAUCCGCAACCACUGCUCACGCUGCCGCCACCGCCGCUGCUACCGCCGAAGCCGCAGCCACCAGCAGAGGCUGAAGAACCCCACACAGUGUCCCCACAACCGCUCAGUCUUCCGUAGCCAACAUUGCAGCCGCAAAAUGUCACAGCUGCGGCCGAUGCCCUGCUUUGAUGGGGAGGGUCUGGAUUCCUACCUGGAAGAGGAGGAUGACCUGUCUUUCCCAUAUCCCAAGUACCCACGGCGGGGCUGGGGAGGGCUCUACCAGCGAAUGGGCCUGCCCUCCCCCAUGAGGCUGUGGGGCCGCCAGGGUGGGAUUCUGGCCAGCCUGCCACCACCCUCUCUCUACCUGUCACCUGAGCUGCGCUGCAUGCCAAAGCGUGUGGAGGCCAAGUCAGAGCUGAGGCUGCAGUCCUACAGGCCCCACUGCUCACAGUCCCGCAUCUGGGGCAAUAUGGAGACUGAGCAGUGGACCUCAUCCCCACCACCUCCCCGCCAGCUGCUCCGUAACCCCUCCUGGGUCCCCGGGGGGCACAGCCCUUACUCCUCAGGGGGCCAGCUACUGUAUGACUCCUGGGAUCAGCGGCGGCGUGCUCUGGAGGGCUCUGAGCCUCCCUGUGUCCUGGUGCGCCGGGUCUCCCGGGCGGAGGCUCGAGAGCCCUACUCCCCUCAGUCCCACCGGCGGAGCCUCCCCAGCCACGCUUACAGCCAGCCCAACCGCAGCCCCCACCCAUCCACGGGACACUUGAGCUACAGCUCCCGAGAUCCUCAGGAGGUCCGGCGCCGGGCGGCCGAAUGGGCUGAGGCUCUGCCCGCUCGGCACCCUCUGACUACCUCCACCUCCCUCACGGUGUUGGGUGAGGCCUCAUACCAACGGGCCCCGGCUCCCAGCCCAGCCCUGCUCUCCCGCUCCUCCCAGCGCCUGCCCGAAGUCCAGGCUGCUGAGCUCUCCCCACCUCCGCCCACCUUUGUGCCACUCAGACGGAAUCCGGGGGGCAAUACCAACCACCAGGUGUACGACAGCCUGGAACUGAAGCGGCAGGUGCAGGAGAGCAGAGCGCGAGCCAACUCACUGCCGCCACCUUCCACCUCGGCCUCGAGGCCCUCGGUGCACAGGAGCCGGAUGGGGAAAUUUAACUGACCAGCGGCGACAGCAGGCAGUGGGGCAGGGCAUGGAGAGAGGAAUAAAGAGCAACAGAGUCCAGGAAACACUGUGGUGGUCUGUGGCUUGGAAGCACCACUCCUUCUGCCAACCUGGGUCCCUGGCCUUGGCUUCCUGAAAUGAGAAGCCAGUGUCUCCUUCUUGGCAUAAAUUUCCCCUUGACCACAGUCCUCCCAGCAGGAUCCCCCUGGUCCUGCACCAUGCACUAAGCAGAUCUUGCAGCUGCAGACUCCAAACUACUGGUCUCUGGGCACCAACUCUGUGUCUCUGCUCUCCCUGUCCCCAAAGGAGUUUCAGCCCCAUGUAAGAAGCUGAGGUCAGAUUCCAGACAUGGGGGUUCCACAUCUGAGCAGAUGUAGGCCUUGGCCCAGUGAGUGGCAGGAAGGCCGCCAGGGCUCUGGAUUCCAGCCAGGCCUUCCCCAGGGCCCUGAGGCCAAGGUCUUCCCAGUCUCGGGAGUGGUCAAGGGGAUGGAACUCGUGAGUGUUUGAAUGAGUGAGUCAGCAGGCAGAGAGGGAACAAAUGAGGGUGGGAGGGGAGGUGUGCUGUCUUCCCAGCCCUGUUUGACUGCCCAGGCUCGGGUUACCUGAACCCAGUUACCAUGGAAUGCCACCCUAUGCCCUCCUUUUCCUCCCCCUCCUUCAUUGUGACCCCAACCACCUGCCCCAUUAUGAUCCAGUCCUUCUCCCCCUCCCCCACCAGAGGACUCUGGAUCCUAGUGAGUAUAUGGGGGCCAGGGGGCCCAGGUAGUCCUGGGACCCCCGGCCAUGGGUGAGCGAGCCCACCACAGAGCCCAAGUGUGCUCUGGCACCAACCUCAGGAAGUGCCAGGACCUAGGAGACUCAAUUCUUCUGAUUCUGGGCAGUUUCAUCUUGCUCAAUGUGGGAAUCAAUGUGGUGAUUCUGCUCUGGAAGCAUCUGAAGAGCUCCUUGCGGAUUCUUUUCCAUCGUUUUUUCCCCAAAGACAAGCAACCCAGCUGUAUAGGCAGCCAUCCCAUGUGUAUGCACUGCUCCGUGGAUCCCAAGAACCUGUUCUCAAGAGUCUCUUCCCGCUUCCAUCGUCACCCAAGCCUCCUGCUCGGGCACCCUAAACACCUUGACUCCUGGAUACCAGACACGAAUGAUGAGAAAGCUUCUAGGUGCUGCUGCAUGCCACCUCAGUAUGGACAGGCCAGGGCUCCCGUGGAGGCUCCAUGGGGACUAUGGAAGGAAGGGAUGAUGGGAGUUGGGGAGGCCUCUCAGGUCCCAGCCUUAAAGACCCAAGCCACCUUUAUCUCCAAGCAAGAGACAUCUUCCCAGUUCCCCAGGAUGAGCAAGUUGGACACGGUUCCACUCCACUUGCCCCAGAAGAGCAAGACUAAGACCCCAGACUAUGAUCCAAUCCAUGCCCCGACCCAGGCCCCAACCCACUCCCCAGUCCACCCCCCGGAGCACACCCACCCCCAGGUUCAGAUCCGCUCCCUAGUCCACCACCCUGAGCACACUCCCACCCAGGCCCAGACCCACUCCCCAGGCCACCCGUCUGAGCACACCCCUGCCCAGGCCCAGACCCGCUCCUCAGGCCACCCCACUGAGCACACCCCUACCCAGGCCCAGACCCGCUGCCCAGGCCACCCGCCUGAGCACACCCACCCCAAAGUUCAGAUCUGCUUCCCAGGCCACUCCCCUGAGCACACCCCUGCCCAGGCCCAGACCCACUGCCCAGGCCACCCCCCUGAGCGCACCCACCCCAAGGUUCAGAUCUGCUCUCCCAGCCAUCCCCCUGAGCACACCCCCGCCAAGGCCCAGGGCCCUGAGCACACCUCAGUCCACACCCUGGGCCACAGUCCUGAGCACAUAACAGUCCACUCUCCAGCCCGCACCCUGGCCCAGGCUCAUCUAAACUAUACCCACGCCCACACCCUGAUCCCUGCCCCAACCUCUGUCCCAGCCCCUCCUCCAACUUCUGCCCCUGCCACUACUCCUGCCCCAGCCCCUACACCAGCCCCUGUCCCAAUCUCUGCCCCAACCCCUGCCCCAGCAUUGGUCAUGGCCAUGACUACCACUCCAGUCCCUGCUCCUGUCCCUGCCACCACCCCUACUCACAUCCUAACUCCUAUUCCCUCUCCCCCGGCUGCCUUCAGCCAAGGCCUCUCCACUGGCCAUGUGGUCUACAAUGCCCGCAGGGUUAGGCAGAACUUAUUCCAUGUGUGCCCCCCGCCAAACUCUGAAUAUUCCAGAAAGUACUUGGGCACCCUUUCCAGGCCCCAAGAGGGACAGGGCCCAGUGAGCUCUGGUACAGCUAAGCAAACAGUGAACCAACGUAGUGAGGACAGUGCCAAGCCCUCCACAGGAUCCAUACUGGGUUACCUGGAGUUGGGGAAUAUGGAAUGGAAGGUCUCAAAUGAUGCCAAAGACAAGUUCUUACAGCCCAAGACCUUCCCUUACUGCAGCUUCCAUCCUUGCAGUUCUGAGAGGAGAAACACAGACUCCCAAGCUCCAGUCUACCCCAAAUUCCUGGUCUACUCCAAGGAUGCUACACCUUCUCAACCUUGCUUUCAUUCUCCAACCAAUGCCCGGAGCUCACCAUGCACCAUUCCUCCACCAUGCACUCUUUCUCUGCCUCUUGUUUCUCCCAGAUCCUUUGUCCUUCAUCAAGCUGCCAACAACCAGAAGCCCUCCACCAUAAUACAAACUCCUACCUCUCCCGCAACCUCCAAGUCUACUCAGUCUGUCCCCUCUUCCCAGUUUCCCAUCCCUCUGCAGUUCUCCACCAUUUCCCAACCCCCAAUCCAACCCCAAUCUCCUGAAUUUCAUGAGAGUCUAGGCCUCACCCAAGACUCUGGCCUCCAAAGGACCCCAAGCCCUUCAAAAGACUCUAAAGUUCCCAGGAACCCAGGUCUUACCCAAAAUCCAGGCCUGCACAAGAACCCAGGCCUUACCCAAAAUCCAGGCCUCUACAAGAACCCAGGCCUUGUUCAAGAUCCAGGCCUACGUAAGCGCCCAGGCCCUACCCAAGACUCUAGCCUUCACAAGAAUCCAGUCAUUACGCAAGAUUGUGGCCCGCAAAAGAGCCUAGAUCCUACCCAAGAUGCAGGUAUCUUUAGGAGCACAUGUCUCACCCAACACUCUGGCCUCCACAAGAACACACCAUUUCCCCAAACUUCUGACAUUCAGAGGACCUCAGGCUUUAUGCAAGAGACUGGAGUUUCUAGGAAUCUAGAAGGAAACCAAGAGACUGUACUCUACGAAAGUCAAGAUCUCUCCCAAAAAACUGGUCUCCAAAACAUCCCAGGCCCUUCUAAAGAAUGUGGAGGUUACAAGAGUGCAGGAAAUGACCAAGAUCCAGGAGUCUAUGGGAGUCUAGGCCUUACCCAAGAUUCUGACCCCCAGAAGAACCCAUACUUUCCCCAAGACUCUGGAGUCAACAAGAGCUCAGGCCUUUCCCAGGAAUCUGGUCUCCACAAGAGCCCAGGCCUUGUCCAAACCUCUGGCCUCCAUAAGGGCUCAGGCCUUACCCAAGACUCAGGAGACUACAAGAAUCCAGAGACUACAAGAGACAAUAAGAAUACUCAAGGUUCUGGAGUCUACAGGAGCCUGGGCCCUACUCAAGAUUCUGACCUCCAUAAGAAUCUACAUCCUACCCAAGUCACUGAAGUUGAAAGGAAAUGUGGUCUUACCCAAGAUGUUGGAACUCAGAGGAGCCCAGAACAUACCCAAGACCCCAAAUGCCACAAGAACCCAGGAAUUAAUCAAGAUCCUGGCCCCCAUAAGGGCCCAGCCCUUACCCGAGACUCUGGCCUCCCCAAGACUCAAGGCCAUACCAAGGAAUCAGGCCUCCACAAGGACACAUGCCUUAUCCCAAAUCCUGACCUCCACAAGAACCCACACCUUGCUCCAGGUACUGAGUCUGUCCAAGUCUUGGGCCCACCUCAGACCGCAAAGUCAACACUGUCCCCGAUGAAGUCAUCUGUAUCUGCGGAGACUCCUCAGAAGGAGGAUGCAGAGCAGCACAUACUAUGGACUUCUGUCCCACUCAGCCCGAACUCCUGCUCUUCCAAGGCGCAGGUGAUCUACAAUGACCUGCAAACCUUCUCAGAGGUACCUGUACUAAUUGAGCUGCAACCAUUGUCUCGGCGAGCAGGUAGCCAAGACUGGAUGUACCACCCUGUGGAUACUAUUCCUCCAGCCUGCCAGAACUAUCGCCAGAUGUCUAUGCCUCCCCAAAUCAACUGGAAGCCCCACUGUCCCGGGCAAGGCACCCGGGUAGGACAGGUGGUCUUUGAUGCCCGCCAGAGACAGUUUGGAGUGGGCAGGGACAAGUGUGAAGCUCCAUCUCCCAGGCGCCUUCGCCAAGAGGUACCCAGCAAAUCACCAGAGACCAUCAAGGAGUGGGGAUAUCAGUGUGUGAUGAGAACCUCGGAAAAAGAGGGGACAAAUGUGCAUCAGGAAUAAAGAGGCAAGAGAAGUGUUC